AUGGCUCGAAAUCUCAGGGGCUUUCUCUUGGGGGUAUAUUCCCUACUUCUCUGUCCCUUGAUCUUGCAAGGGACCGCAACCGACUCCCCUCGAAUAGAUGUCAGUCAAGCAUCCCAGGACGCCGUCACUGCGCUGCCCGGUGCUUAUUACCACGGCAGAAUCAAUAGCACCACCACCCCAGAAGAGUUUCGUCACCAAGGGCGCUCUUCCCAUACUGCUAGCUCAUCAUGGGUAGACGAUCUGGGAAAGCGAUUCGAAUUCGCCUCCGGCCGGAGGGCUCUCAGCUCCCCCUCAGAUACCAACAUCGCCCUCAUCAACGCUACACCGUACCGCUGGAGACGCGUAUCCAUUCACCAGUACCAGAUGGUCUACUGGGACCAGUGGCCUGACUGCAUCAACCCAGGCGAGUCGAUCAGUCAUGCAGCAUUUGGCUACCGUGGCGUAGGUCAAGCCAAGGACACUGCCGGCGAGGUUGUGUACCAGAUCGAGGGCACUAGCCGGACUAUGGCGUUCGAGGUUCAGUACCGCAUGAGGAGCUCCAGGAAGCUGGAAAUUUGUGUCUACUUUGAGGGAGUAUUAGAGACCAGCACAGCACCGAGAUGUUCCUUUAUGGGUCUCGGCUCCAGCAAGGCUCCGGGCGGGGUGUCGUUCAUUCUCGCGGGCUACGAGGGCAACAUGACAUCCACGACGGGAUGCGGGUGCGAAGGGUGCAGACAGGACAUUACCUGGAUGAACACGCUGCUCCCCCAGAUCGGCCACCUACCUCUGCGGGAAAUCAUCAUGCCCCGAUCCCACCAUGCAGCCCUGUCCAAGGGCGUCUUUACAUCCAAGAACGUAGGCGUGGGAAAGAGAAACACAGUCACACAGAUCAAUGGAGUCGGCGAACAGCUACGCACUGAUAGAGUACGUGUUCUGGAUACGAGAGUCUUAUUGUCGAGACACGGGGAGUUCCUGGAGGCCCAUGGGACGCUUUUCAAACGCCAGUGGUACGGGGGUACCGGUGCCAACUUGGAAGAUGUCGUGGACGAGGUCAACAGGUUUAACGAGGAGAACCCAGGAGAGCUCAUCAUCUGGGAUUUCUACGAACUCCUGUACAAGGUCAAUCACCGCGCCACACUUCCUGAUGACGUCGACAUAACGACGAUAUCACUCAAGCAGCUCAUUGGACAUAGAAAGUCGGCCGUCAUCCUACACUUCAGCUCCAAGUGGAAGGACGCCAAUCCAGAGACGUUCCCGCCGCCCAGCCAAGGCUUCACCCACAACGGCAACUUCCCCACGCGCACUACCUGGAGUGAACAGUACUCUGUGGAGAAGAUGAGCCGUCACCAACUUCACGAGCUCGAAGUCCAUCGGCCCAGGCGCGAUGCUACACUGUACGACAUGCAAUGGCUCCGGACCCUGACUAGCAUCACAGUGGUGACAAUGCCUGAUGAUUUCACGGUCAUCGAUAUGGGUCGUGAGUCCAUGACUGCACUGCGAACGGCGCUGUGGAACAGGCUCACCGACCGGACCUACCCCAACUGGCUGACGUUGGACGCCAUCGAUGGGGGGGAGCUCAGGGCCUUGGCAAUUGCCAUGAAUCGUUGUUUUGUGGCAAGGGAGUGCGGCGACUGGGUAAAGUCUCCAAGGUGA